AUGGCAUCAGGCAGUGAGUGCCAGCUGGACCAGAAGUGGUGGGACAGGGCAGAGCCUUCCUGCCCCGGCAACAGCCCCAUUCGCAGCCGCUGCAGCGGCACCGCCGCUCAGGCAGCGCCUCCGUCUCGGGCGCCCCAGCCCGGGGCGUCCUCAGCCGCGUCCCUGUGGCCCGCAGGCUACCAGACCCUCGGGGAGGAGUACGUCGGCAUCGUCCAGGUGGACCCGACCGGGCGCCGCGUGCCCUCGGGGCCGCGCCGCGGCCUGCUGGUGGCCCUGCACGCCGUCCUGCCCUACCUGCUGGACAAGGCCCUGCUGCACCUGGACAGGAGCCACGCGGAAGACCGAGUGGCCCCCAGGGGCUCCCUGUGCACGCUGUGUCUGGAGGAGCGCCGGCACCCCACCGCCACGCCCUGUGGCCACCUCUUCUGCUGGGAGUGCGUCACCCAGUGGUGUGACACUAAGACCGAGUGCCCCCUGUGCAGAGAGACGUGCCCGCCGCAGAAGCUGGUCUACCUGCGCCACUACCGCUGACCCGCCCCCCAGGCGCAGCGGCUGGACACAGCCGCGCUGGCUGUGCCGGCCGGGGCCAGAGGCCCUGCCGUAGAGCGUGGACUGCUGCUUCUCGGGAACGCCCAGUGUGGACGCGCCUAAGCUCCCCGCCGUUCCCCGCUGGUCGCGAGCGGGCGCCGAGGAUUCCGGCCUCAGGUGCAGGAAGGCCCGCGAGCUGCCCGCGCCCCUGAGGCGGCGGCCUGUGCGCUGCUCU